GUGAUGUACCUUUCAUCCAAUGUUGAAGUACCCCAUUAGUUGAACGAUGGCUGGGGAAACAGAUAUAGUGUUAAACUAUCAUAACAGUCUGUUACGGGUAUCUGAUUACGAGUUACUGGAUCCUCCCAACUGGAUCAAUGAUAAAAUCAUUGAGUUUUGUUUCGAGUAUUUUGAACGUGAGCAAUAUCGAUACUGUGCAGACCUCCUUGCUUUCAUCAGUCCAUCUGUCAUUCAAGCUAUAAAGUUUUAUCCACAACAUGAAAUGGGAAUUUUUCUAGAUCCCCUGAAUUUGACAGCAAAGCAGUAUGUUUUUAUGGCUGUCAAUGACAACAUGGCUGCUUAUCAAUAUGGCGGAUCACAUUGGAGUUUGUUGAUGUAUAAUGGACUCAGAAAUGCAUUUUAUCAUUACGAUUCUAUGUCUCCAUCAAAUACGUCUAUUGCUGAAGAUUUAUGUCACAAAAUACAGACUAAUAUGAAUGCUGACAAAAAGGCCACAUUUAAAGAAAUGGAUUGUCCACAACAAGAAAACGGUUAUGACUGCGGAGUCCAUGUGAUAGCAACAUGUGAACAUCUGGUUCGUCAGAAUAUCGAAGCUUACUCUGUUCCUCUCGAGUGUAGUAUAUCCGCUAAACAAAUACAGAAAAAACGACAAGAAAUCAAAGAUCUGAUCCGCUCAUUGAAAAAAUGUUCUUAGUUUACAAAGCAUUUAAUUUGGACUUUUUGUUUUGAAUCUCUUUGAUUUCAUUGAUCAUACUCUUUUGCUGAUAUUUCAAAGACUUUGUCAAAAAUAUUCAACCAUUCAGUAUUGUGGGAUUUAGAGGGAUAAAAUCCACACGGGAAAACAAAAUGAUGUAAUUCUGAAGGAUUACUUAUCAAAUUACCACACUUGUUAUUUUUAGCUUUGUUUUAUUUCCCAUCUCUUUCUAAGUCACUGAUGCUUAUCAGACCAAUACUUCUAAGAUCUGAAAAUAUUUUUUAUGUAUUAUAUUCUGUGAAUAUAAGUAAAAAAAAAACAAGGAUUUUGCAAGAAGAACAGUAAAUAUUACUAUUGCUCCCAAUUUAUACAUGAUGUAAUAUCUCAAAAAAAACAAAACAUUUCAUAUGAAUUUAAUUUGAGGGUUAAAUGUUUUAUACAAAAAAAGGUGAGAUUUGUGGAUUUGUUUUUUUUUGGUUUCUUACUUUCCUUCUUUUAUACAGUGGAGACAUGCAAGUCUUGUCUACAUUAACAGAUACGAUAACUAUACAUAUUAAGAAAACAUUAUUGCACCCAUUAAGCAUAAACAGAAUACUCUUAGAAUACUCAUUAUUGCUACAAAUACCACUACUGAAGACCCAUACUCAACUGCAUCACAAAGUUUAACCUUUUUUCUUCAGGGCUUACUCCCCGGCUCACACUAAAUCCACUACAAAACUCCAGUGAGACCCACAAUUGAUUAAUAUUGCUACAAAAGCAUCCAAGAUUACAUCUGAAGAAUGGCACUCAACUAAUUAGCAUGAAGUCACUCACCAACGCACACUGACCUUUCUCCCACAUGUGUGUCCUCUCUCUACCCUUUCUAUUACACUACAGUGGCCCCUGUUCAUUAGAGUUGUCUGGUCUCCUGUUACCUUCACUCUUGCUCUCCUGGUUCAUUCAUCUCCCUUUCUCUCAUGACCUAUAAUGUGUCCACCUUGUAAACAGACUUAGAAAUGUUCGAAAGAACCAUUAAUCAUGUUGGUUUCAAUAGUCUCAGGAAGCUUGUAAAGGUUAUGGGCACAGCCCUUUCUUCCAAAUUGAUUGAAUAAAAAAAAAACAUGUCUGUUUAGGAAAAUUC